AUGGCCUUCAUUGUGCCGCUGGUGAAGAAGGACUACGCGUUGUACGGGCAGCGACGCUCGAACAGUGUGGGCUGUGCGCCGAGGAGGGCGGCGAACGCGGCGGCCGCUACCCAUCGUGAGUUGCUUUGGAAAAUUUUGAAUUAUACUUUUUUUACUAUAAUAAUAUCAGUCUGUCGGGAAAAUAAUGUGCUUUCUGUCGCAUCAAAAAUCGGCUCAUCGCCGCUGAGAAAAUGAAUUGUCUCGCGAGAAAAUCAAAUUUUUUUUUCACUCACAAUUUUCGCGGCGACACUGUGCUCAUUAUUUUCCCGACAGACUGAUAAGAUUGACAAAAAAGUUACUAUGAGUAUUUUCAUAAAGUGCAUGGACAUUUGUCGCUGCCCGCACUGUGCGCAAAAAACCCCCCAUUUUGCACCGUGCAUUUUGCUCUUUUUUGGUUUCGCACUGUGCAUCUUGAACUUUUUCCCACGCUUGUCGCCAACGCACAGUGCAUUUUUUCUCUUUUUUUCUCUUUUCGCACAGUGCAAACCAAAGAAAAGCCGUUUGCACUGUGCAGACAUUUUUUUGAUUUCGCACUGUGCAUCUCGAAUUUUAUUUUUUCCACUCUUGUCGCCAACGCACAGUGCAUUUUUCUCUUUUUUCUCUUUUCGCACAGUGCAAACCAAAGAAAAGCCGUUUGCACUGUGCAGACAUUUUUUUGAUUUCGCACUGUGCAUCUCGAAUUUUAUUUUUUCCACUCUUGUCGCCGCAUGUCGCAAACUUUUCGCACUGUGCAUUUGGCGUCUUGCACAGUGCAUCUUGAAUUUUUGUCGCCAACGCACUGUGGAUCUUUCCCUUUGCGCACCGUGCAAACCUGAAAAAAGCCGAUUGCACUGUGCACAUUUUUGAGCAAAACCGCGGCGGCGCAGUUGAGAAAAACUUGCGUCGCAGCGAUAUUUCAAACGCACAGUGCAAAACUAAAAAAAAAAGAUGAUUGCACGGUGCAUAAAAUCGGGGAUUUUUGUGCACAGUGCGCACUCUGAGAAACCCAGGGUUCGAGCGACAGCCCAAAAAAGCCGAUUGCACCGUGCAAAGCGAACCUUUGUUUUCGCACAGUGCACAAACGCAGAAUGCACUGUGCGCCGUCAGGGUGCGAGCGACACCCGAAGAAAGUCUACCGCACUGUGCAAAAAGCGAAAUUGCACAGUGCAAACCGAACUUUUAUUUUCGCACGGUGCAAAAAAACAAAAUGCACUGUGCAAAAAGAAACUCAGGGUGCGAGCGACACCCCAAAAAGCCGAUUGCACCGUGCAAAAAGCAGGAAAUUGCACAGUGCAAAGCGAAGUUUUAUUUUAAUCGCCGAUUUGCCUCCGGCGACUCUCCGGAAGAGCGUAUUUUCAUAAAGUGCAUGGAUUUUAUGAAAUAAAAUUAUGUUGUGGCAUGCACCGUGCGAAAAAAAAUAUAAAAAGUACUCGAUUUUGCACCGUGCAUUUUACCUUUUUUUUGGUUUUUUCUAUAUUCCAUAUACAUUUACCUUUGAAAUAUCGCUGCGACAUCAACAAGUUUCAACUACGUCGCUGAGGCGGCGCAUAGGCUAUAAAAAAGCUUUUUUUCCCUCCGAUUCUUCUGGAAAAGCGCAACUUAAUCCCUUUAUCCCGAAAUCGUUGUCCCUUAUCUCCAUAAUCGGAUGACGAUAAUGGGAAUUUGGUAACAAAAUGUUCUGGAAGCCUCUUACAAACAAAAAAAAGAAAAAAAAAACAAAAAAGUGCGCUUUUGUGACGAAAUUUUAAUGGUUUUGCUCUAUACUUUACUCCGUCUAUAAAAGUUCAUGUAGAAAUUGACUCAUAUUAGCAUUUUCAUAAAGAAAAGAGCGAGAUUUUUAGAUCGAAAAUCGAAAAAAAAAAAAAAAAAUUUGCGAAUUUUGGCUUGAAAAUUUUCAUGUUUAUUUCUACCGUAGAGUAUAAUUUUUCCACAAAAAAUCAAUUUUUUCCGCGCGAAACUGACAAAGAUAUGGGCCGAAAAGCGAUUUUUCUCUGACCGCUCUCCACGUUUCGCGUACUCUCUCGGCGAAAAAGGCCGUUGAAUAUCUCGGCAGCGUCUGCAAAGGGCGAGCUGAAAUUUUCAGGGAUUGAUAUGUGGUCUAUGUAUGUUGUGUGUGUAAAUUUUAAAGCAAAUCUGAGCGUCGCAAUUGGGAGAUUUUUUAAAAUUUUUUUUUGGAAUACGAUUUUUCUGAUGCAGCCAAAAAUCAAUUCUAAAAGUACCAAUAAGACUUUUUACAGGCAAAUCCUGGCAAUUUUUGCCUUGAAAAACGUCUUUUCAUGCUUUUUAGCGACUAAAAAUUACUGCGCAUCCCCCCUCGGUACAACUGUAUAAGCUUUAUAAAAGGGCGUUCCGCCCCAAACACCCUCCCUAUUUUUUGUUUUCGUUCUCAGUAAACAAAUUACCAAUCAUGUCACAUGAUCAAAUUCGCUUUCAUAUAAGUGCUGUUUUUGCCUUUUGUGUGGCAGCGGACGGUCGAAGGCGCUGAAAUUUUUUAUUUAUCUUUUUGAAAUUUUUUUCGAAAUUUUUUUUUUUGAUUUUUGAAAAAAUCGACUAUCAGUCGUUUUUCUAAUUUCUAGCGAUCCUAUUUUUUAUGCGACAGAGUGUUCAUUAUUUUCCCGACAGACUGACAGGCGGCCCAAGAAGCUUUGCACUGUGCAAUUUUUUCAUUCUUGCACCGUGCAGUAGGCUUUACAAAAACCAAAAAAAAGUGAGAUGCACAGUGCAAAAUCGAGUAUUUUUUCGCACAGUGCGGGCCGCGACAGAAUUUUAUUUCAUAAAAUCCAUGCACUUUAUGAAAAUACGCCCUUCCGGAGAGUCGCCGGAGGCAAAUCGGCGAUUAAAAUAAAACUUCGCUUUGCACUGUGCAAUUUCCGGCUUUUUGCACGGUGCAAUCGGCUUUUUUGGGGUGUCGCUUGCACCCUGGCGGCGCACAGUGCAUUCUGUGUUUGUGCACUGUGCGAAAAUAAAAGUUCGGUUUGCACUGUGCAAUUUCUUGCUUUUUGCACAGUGCGGUAGGCUUUCUUCGGGUGUCGCUCGCACCCUGACGGCGCACAGUGUAUUCUGUGUUUGUGCACUGUGCGAAAACAAAGGUUCGCUUUGCACGGUGCAAUCGGCUUUUUGGGCUGUCGCUCGCACCCUGAGUUUCUUUGCACAGUGCAAGCGCCAAAAAAGUCAGUUCGGCGAUGCGCACGGUGCGAAAACAAAAGUUUUCUUUGCACAGUGCAAUUUACCCUUUUUCUGCUGUCGCUGGCACCCUGACGUCUUUCGCACAGUGCAAGCGUCAAAAAUCAGUCCGGCGACUUUCCGGGCGGACUAGUAUACAGUAGGAAUAAAAAAAAAAUUUUCGAGAAAAAUGUAAUAUAUGUAUAUCGCCAAAGUUCAAUAUUACACUCUAGACUCAUAGAUCAGAGAGAUCAGAGAGUAAAAACUUCCUUUUUUUGUAACCUUCUCGCUCAAUUCUCGAACAAAACAAAGCAACCUGGACUCGGGUUCGCUCAAAAAAGGGGAUUUACGGGUUUUGAAGCCAUUCUUUUCUGGUCUUUCAUGUUUAUGUUUGAGUUUUCAACAUUUUACUUACGCUCCGCUAACAAGGAAAGUGCUCCGAGUACGACGCUCGGAUUUUCUUUAAAUUUGGCACGCACGUCGGGCACUGGUCAAGUAUCAAUUCUUGAAAAUUUUAGCUCGCGCUUUGCAGAGGCAGCUGAGAAAUUCAACAUGCUUUGCGGCCGAGAGAGUACGUGAAAUUUGGAGGGCGAGAAAAAAAACAUUUUUUGGCCAUAUCUUUACCAAUAUCGCGUGGAAAAAGAUUACUUUUUUUUGUAGGGAAAUAUCCUUUUAUGGUAAAAAUAAGUGUGAAUGGAUUCAUCAUUAUUUUUUUUUUCAAAAGUGCGUAGACUUUUUUCCAUUUUAUCACAUGUAAGCUGCCCGUAUCGUCAAAAAAAAAAUCCAUUAAUGAAAAAAAUCCAGCCUCAUUAGGCUUCUCAAAACACCGAAGGCUUUCUCUAAAUUUUUCAUUACGCAGAGUGCACGUCAGAUUCUUCGGAUCCGAAAAGGACAAUUACAGGCUCAUUGUCUAGCGCUCGUCUCAACUAUUAGCCCUAAUUUCACCCUCUCCUCUCGAAGCUUUUACUAAAAAAAACAUUCCCUGAAUACGAUUAUAUACUACAUAUCAGUCUGUCGGGAAAAUAAUGAGCACUCUGUCGCAUCGAAAAUCGUGUCGCCGCCGAGAAAAUGAAGUGUCGCGGUAAAAUAAUUUUUUUUUUCAUUUCAGCGACGUGAUCUACGUAGCGAACUUGUGCUCAUUAUUUUCCCGACAGACUAGAAUUCUUUUCGUAAAGUGCGUAGACUUUUUUUUUCUCGGCGCACCGUGCACUAUGAUUCGAUUUUCGAACUGCACAGUGCAAAAGGUGAAAUGCACAGUGCGAAAAGUCGCAAAUCUUCCGCACUGUGCAUUUGACCUUUUGCACUGUGCAAUUGAAAAAUCGCGCGACAUAAGCUUUCUCAACUGCGUCGCCGCGAUUUUUGUGCGCGCGACAGACAUUGCACAGUGCAAAAAAAGGGAAAGAGGAAAAAUGCACUGUGCAUUUUUCCAAAAUGAAAGAAAAAUGCACCGUGCGGAAAAUUCGCGACGUCGCAGAGCUUUUUACACUGUGCAUUUGACCUUUUGCACUGUGCAAUUGAAAAAUCGUGCGACAUAAGCUUUUUCAACUGCGCCGUCGCGGUUUUGGGCGCGCGACAGCAAUUGCACAGUGCAAAAAAAGAGAAAGAGGAAAAAUGCACUGUGCGUUUUUCCAAAAGAAAAAAAUUCAUUGUGCGGAAAAUUUGCGACAUCGCAAAGCUUUUCGCACCGUGCAUUUCAUCUUUUGCACCGUGCAUUUCACCUUUUGCACUCUGCAAUUCGAAAAUGAAAGAAAAAUGCACCGUGCGGAAAAUUCGCGACGUCGCAAAGCUUUUCGCACUGUGCAUUUGACCUUUUGCACUGUGCAAUUGAAAAAUCGUGCGACAUAAGCUUUUUCUUCUGCAUCGCCGUGAUUUUUUCAGACAUUGCACAGUGCAAAAAAAAGAGAAAGAGGAAAAUGCACUGUGCGUUUUUCCAAAAGAAAAAAUGCACUGUGCGAAGAGUUUGCGACAUCGCAAAGCUUUUCGCACGGUGCAUUUCACCUUUUGCACCGUGCAUUCCAUCUUGCACCGUGCAUUUCACCUUUUGCACUGUGCAAUUCGAAAAUGAAAGAAAAAGGCACCGUGCGUUUUUCCGAAAGAAAAAAUGCACUGUGCGGGAAGUUUGCGACGUCGCAGAGCUUUUUGCACUGUGCAUUUGACCUUUUGCACCGUGAAUUUCAUCUUUUGCACUGUGCAUUUCAUGUUUUGCACCGUGCAAUUCGAAAAAAAGACGAAAAAUGCACUGUGCGGAAAGUUUGCGACAUCGCAAAGGUUUUCGCACCGUGCAUUUCAUCUUUUGCACCGUGCAUUUCACCUUCUGCACUGUGCAAUUCGAAAAUGAAAGAAAAAUGCACUGUGCGCCGGGGAAAAAAGUCUCCGCACUUUAUGGAAAGCCUUGUAGGGCCUUGCAAGGCUUCCCAUUACGAUUUUACGAUUCCACUCCUUCCUCCGAAGCCCCGGAGACUAAUUUCAGGAUGGAAAAGUUUGGAUCCGGCUUCGAGAACAUUUCUCCUUCGCACUUCUCCUUUCAAAAUCUUUACCGUGUGGGAUCAUUGCGCCGCGCUUUAGGGGGGGAUUAGACCGUAUAACGGGAGGCAUUGACGUCAACGCAUUUCGUUAGCGGAUUAUUUUUAGGGCCGCAGCAGGGUGUUGUUUCCGUCAAAGAGACGAAGGGGAGGAUGUUUGUCGGAUAUAAGGCGAGUAAUGGCCGUAAUUUGGUCAAAAAAUUUUUUUCGAUGAUUCUGGGAUUACUGUAGGGGAAAAGGGGCGACUUUUUGGGGGGUAAGGGCAAGUACUGUAUUUGCCUUCUUGCACGGUGCAAAAAGCAAGAAAUUGCACAGUGCAAAGAAAACUUUUAUUUUCGCACCGUGCUUGUCGCCGAUUUCAGUUCCGGCGACUUUCCGGAUGGGCUAUCAGUCUGUCGGGAAAAUAACGGCGGAUCGUCGCGCCUCGGAAUCGCCCAUCAUCACUUUGCAAGCCGCGACUGAGGAUUUGGUGCGCGAUAGCGACGAGGCGAGACAUUUUGCUGCGACGAGCCGCCGUUAUUUUCCCGACAGACUGAUAUUAAAAUAUCAGUCUGUCGGGAAAAUAAUGAGCACAAUGUUACCGCGAAAAUCGUGUCGCUAAAGUGAAAAAAAAAUUUGAUUUUGUCCCCCAUAAUUCAUUUUCUCAGCAGCGAUGCAAUUUUCGCGGCGACAAACCCACAUUAUUUUCCCGACGAUUUUAUAUAUUAUAUAUUAUAUCAGCUUAUAACGAAUUUUGAUAACUGCUAUAGAAGGUGUGCGAGGAUUUAGUGCCCUAAGAUCAGAUCCUUGGACUUUAUAUCAAUCUGUCGGGAAAAUAAUGGGCACUCUGUCGCAUCGAAAAUCGCAUCGCCGCCGAGAAAACAAAUGUCUCGCGAUGAAAAUCAAAUUGUUUUUUUUUCACUUCAGUGAAGAGACUGGCGCAGCGAAAGAGUGCUCAUUAUUUUCCCGACAGAAUCUUUUGACUAAAAAUUUAUCAGUUUUUAAAAAAGAUUCGAUUGUUUUUUCACUGAUUUUUUGACUUUUUUGUAAUCAUUUUUUCUAACAUCUCUCUUUUUCAGCUCGCAUUCCUCGCCUAUCGCUCGACGACAACAACUCCAACAUGAUCUGCUCCUCCACUUCGUCCACACCCGACUCCUCCGCCUCGACGAGUCCCGUCUCGGCGGAGCCGCAUCGUCGGCGCAGCAAGCGCAUCUCGAUCCGCAACCUGGACGAGAGCGCGGCGAAUCCGCCCGAGUCGUCGCCGAGUUUCAGUCGGCUCACGCCCGACGACCCCAUCAAACGGCACGUUCACUUCGGCUUCUGCGAGGAGAUUCAGUACGGCAGUGAUGAGGAGGAGGACGAAGCCGCGCAGAACAAGCCCUCGGGGCAUAUGACACUCCGAAAAGCGAAUUCGCUGCCGGCGGAGGGCACAACGCCAUUGGUUGGGGUGUUGCGGCAUCGGAAUGACAGUCAAAUCUCGGUGCAGAAGUCGAAAAUGGCUUCGGUUUUUAAAUGGGUGCGAUUAUGUGCGCCCAAAAAUUGA